AAGUAAAAAAAAGAAGCACUAAAGCACCGUGAUUCCAUUACUCACCGAAUUUCUGUUCUGUCCUUUUAACUUUCUCCUUCCCACCCCCAUUUUCUCUCCUUUCCCAUUUCUUGAUAGUUGUUGCCUUAACUUCUUCUUUUCUCUCGUGAUUCUCCUGACGCAACCCGCAGAUUCAACCCGACAACAACAAGGUCCUAUCGCCGCCGAUGGAGGCUAAGCUACUCAACCGCACUUUUUACAAUUCGCCAGGACUCAAUCUCGCUGCGCAUUCUUCUACACCUAUCUCCUAUCUACCCGGUAAAUUAAGAUUUGGACCGCCUCGCUCUCUCUCACUCCGUGUCUCCACAGCAACACCGAUCCGAUGCUCGAGGAGGGGGCUACGGGUGGAUGAGAGUGAGAGCCUGACACUUGAAAGCAUAAGUCACUCUUUGAUCCGUCAAGAGGACAGCAUUAUAUUCAACCUUCUUGAGCGAGCUCAGUAUCAUUACAAUGCUGAUACUUAUGACGAGGAUGCUUUUACUAUGGAAGGGUUUCAAGGAUCUUUGGUUGAGUUUAUUGUCAGAGAAACCGAACAGCUUCACGCUAAGGUGGACAAGUACAAAAGUCCAGAUGAACAUCCCUUCUUCCCACAAUGCUUGCCUGACGCUGAGCCAAUCCUUCCCCCUAUUCAAUACCCACAGGUUCUACAUCAAUGUGCCCAUUCGAUAAGCAUCAACAAGAAGGUGUGGAACAUGUAUUUCAAACACAUUCUUCCCAGACUGGUCAAGCCAGGGGACGACGGUAAUAGUGGUUCAUCUGCUCUAUGUGACACAAUGUGUUUACAGAUACUUUCAAAGAGAAUUCACUAUGGUAAAUUUGUUGCUGAGGCCAUGUUUCGUGAAGAUCCAGCUACAUAUGAAACAGCCAUCCGAGAACAAGACCGGACACAACUGUUGAGACUUGUGACGUAUGAAACAGUUGAAGAAGUAAUCAAGAAACGACUUGAGAUGAAAGCUAGAAUUUUCGGUCAAUACAUAAGAAUCAACGAUCCAGAAACUGGAGCUGCUGAUCCUUCCUACAAAAUUAAUCCUAGCCUAGUUGGAAAAAUGUACGGAGAAGGGAUCAUGCCACUCACAAAGGAAGUCCAAGUUGAGUACUUGCUUAGGAGGCUGGAUUGAUGUUGUUUAUCAAGAAGAAGGAACCGAACCAUACCAUUUUUCGUAUUUUGAUCUUAGUUUAAAAAAACUGUAAUGUAAACCGAGAAUCAAAAGAAAUGAAAUACUUAGAAAAAAAAAGAAUUAUUCCUGAUGUUCGUUCACAAGAGUUUUCAGUACUCUAACAAUGAAUUUG